CCGACUCACAAGCAUUCGCCUGUCACUCUGAGGCCCCUGGGGGCGGGACUUCCCGUGUCCGGAAACGUCUGACCUUUUACUGUGGAGUUUCCAGGAAUCUAUCUAUUCUGGAAAUCUGUGACGGGGAGAGGGGUACUGAGCCCCGGCAGUACUGUGCCCACAGGGUACCGAGCCCCCGCAGGGCUGAGUCGGGAGAGCAGUGAGCCCGGGAGAGGACUGAGCCCCGAGAGUAGUCCGUCAGCCGCGGGAGGACUGAGCCCCGAGAGUACUCAGCCGCGGGAGGACUGAGCCCCGAGAGAACCCAGCACCCGGGUGACCCAGCGAGAAGGAAGGACCGUCGGCCACGCCAGAGCAUGCGCGGAACACCCCACCACCCCGGCCCCGUCAGUGACCCCGGCCCACCUAACGUUCCCCCCUACCCCCUCCCGCAGCCGGAAGCGGAACCGGCCGGUGUCGGAGAAAUGCGCGAGGGGGCGGGCCCGGCGGUGACACCAGCCGCCAGGGCGGAAGCUGACCCGAGACCAGGGGACUGAGAACGCGCGGCUCCGCCCACGUCGGGAGCAUCGUGGGACCUCAUGACGUCACAUGGGAGGGAGACACAAGCCACUGAGUCCUGAUGUCUCCGAGAACCCGAGUGGCCCUGUGGACGGCGCUGGACCGAGGGAUGGCGUCAUCGGAAGUGCUCAUGCCCCCACCCCAGAACAAGAGGGCACCUCAUGACGUCACCAGGAUGUCAAUCAUCUGGACCUGGGCGGCGGACGGCAGGAGGUUGAUGGACAGGUGUGGGCGCUGCGAUUUCCCGCACUGCGCCUUCCGGCCUGGACUGUGCCACGUGAGUGGGGCCCUCAGGGACACGGGUCAGCACCCACUUCCGAGUCACAGGUCAACGUGUCCCCCCACUUUGACGCCCGCACAGCAUCAUGGGACGCAGUGAUGGAGGCCUCGACGGUCAGACGCAGCCCUGUACCAGAAGUGGCCGAAAGGACCGGCUCCGUGGUGUGAGCCGGGCGGUGAUGACAUCACUGGCGGUGAUGACCUCCCGGAGGAUGUCGGGAACUCAUUGCAUCAUGGGGGCGGGAUGGGCACACGUUGAGGGCCCGGGACAGCCGGGAACCUCAAGUUACCUGCAAGCCUGCCUGCCCGGGUAGGGGCGGGACCUGGGCGGAGGGAGUGGAGGCCCAUGGGAUGCCGCUGGCCUGGUGGGCGUGGCCACCGUCAGGUUCCCCAGGUGUCACGUGUCUCGUGCCACUUGUCCCUCCCUCCCAUGAUGCUUCACUCUCACCCUGGUAGAGACCCCGUGGUGUCCUGAUGCUGUUGUCACACUCUGACGUUGGCACUUGGUCUCCAGUGAUGUCAUCACUUCCCACAGUCAGCACCCCUGGGUGUCACACUGAGAGCCCCCGAACGUCACACUGCGCUCCCCUGAACGUCACACUGCGUGUCCCCGAACGUCACACUGCGCUCCCCUGAACGUCACACUGCGUGUCCCUGAAUGUCACACUGUGUGCCCUGAACGUCACACUGCGCUCCCCUGAACGUCACACUGCGUGCCCCCGAACGUCACACUGUGCUCCCCUGAACGUCACACUGCGUGCCCUGAACGUCACACUGCGAGCCCUGAACCCCUGAACGUCACACUGCGAGCCCUGAACCCCUGAACGUCACACUGCAUGCCCUGAACCCCUGAACGUCACACUGCAUGCCCUGAACCCCUGAACGUCACACUGUGCUCCCCUGAACGUCACACUGCGUGCCCCUGAACCCCUGAACGUCACACUGCGUGCCCCUGGGUGUCACACUGCGCUCCCCUGAACGUCACACUGCGAGCCCCUGGGUGUCACACUGCGUGCCCCUGAACGUCACACUGCGAGCCCUGAACGUCACACUGCGUGCCCCUGAACGUCACACUGCGUGCCCUGAACGUCACACUGCGCUCCCCUGGACGUCACACUGUGCUCCCCUGGACGUCACACUGCGAGCCCCUGGAUGUCACACUGCGCGCCCCUGGACGUCACACUGCGAGCCCCUGGACGUCACACUGCGAGCCCUGAACGUCACACUGCGAGCCCCUGAACGUCACACUGUGCUCCCCUGAACGUCACACUGCGUGCCCCUGAACGUCACACUGCGAGCCCUGAACGUCACACUGUGCUCCCCUGAACGUCACACUGCGAGCCCCUGGAGCCCCUGGACCCCACCGUGCACUCCCUCCCUCCCCCCACCAAUCCUUCAUCAAUAGUCAAUCAACCAACACCGGGCCCCGCCCACCUCUCCCAGGAGUCCCCAAGGCUGGCUUCUGCCUGUGUCCUGGAUCCAGGUGUCAAUCACCCAGGAGGGCAGGGCCCCGGGCUCCUGCUGUCAUUCAGCCUGUCAAUCACCGCGCCUGUUCCUUCCCCUCUAGGUUUCCCAACCUGCAGAUGAGGAAGCUGGGAGGGAGUCGGGACAGACCGAGGGACAGACAGCCGUGCAGAGGGCCCUGCGGGCCUCCCACCUCCCCACCACGGCUCAGGGCUGCUCACCCCUGAGCCUGGGCAGGAGCACCGGGCGCGGGCCGUCAUUGUGGGCAAUCCCCUGCCGUCAGUGUCGCAGCCAUGCCUACGCCGCGUGCGGCCUCGCUGUGCCGGGCCCUACUGUGUGCUGCUCUGCUCCAGGCUUCCGGCUCCAGGGCACAGGAGCUUCCAGCACUGACUCGCGGGGGAGCCUCGGUGCUGAACGUGACCUUUGACCCCGGGACCUGGACCCUGACCUGGAGCUGCGGAGAGCACGUCACCGUGAAGUCAUGCACUGCAACUUUCACCAAGAGUAACGGGAGACUGGGGCGCCUGAAGAUCCUGGACCCUGUGUGCCACUGCCAAUUCAAACCCCUGGCCCUUCACCUUGGGGUCACGCUGGAGGUCAACGCAACUGUUAAUCACACGCCUGUGCUUGAGAAGCUGAGAUACGUCAACAGAGGUGCAGAGGGGUCGGCAGCACAGAACCUCACAUGCUUCAUCCACGAUGCGCGUGCAAUGACGUGUACCUGGGGGGUGGGGCCCGCGGCGCCUAGGGACACCCAGUACUUCCUGCACAUUCGGAACACCACGGGUCACAUGCUGAUGGCAUGCCCUGCCUACCUGGGUGAUCAUGUGCACACGGGCUGCCGCCUGGAGGAUCUGACUCUGCUGACACAACAUGUGCACGUGACUGUGACCGGAUCCAGCCGGACGUGUGACAUCAUGCUCUAUGACAUCACGCUGAACACCAAGCUCAUAGAGCGUCUCAGCCCCCCGUGGAACAUCUCCGUGGCCUGUAACUCCUCCCACUGCGUGGUCACAUGGUCCCAGCCACGGACGUGGAGUCACAUGAGUUUCUUGGACUUCCGGUAUGAGGUGGACAUCCAGAGACAGAACGCAGACCCCGGAAGUGCCAACCCUAAGGUGUGCAUCUCCAGUGAGGCGGAAAACAGAUACGAGUUCCCGAGCCCCGUGCCCAGGCCGGGUCACGUGGUCAGCGUGCGUGCCGGGGACGUGCGCAGCGCCCGCUGGAGCGCGUGGAGCCCCGGCGUGGCCUUCGGCUCUGAGGACCCCGGGGUCCCCACGCUGCACGUGUACCUGACGGUGGUGACUGUGACCCUACUGUGCGGCCUGGGCCUCGGGCUGGCGUGCAAGAGGUUCAUCAGGAUCCAGGAACUUUUCCCCCAGAUCCCGGAAAUCAAGGACAAAAUCACCGAUGAUGACAGAGUCAACCCGGAGACCCUCAGGAAGGACUUACUGCUGCAGACCGAGGAGGCCGACUAGGCUGUGACGUCAGCAGGAAGUUCUGCCCACACUGCAGGAACACGUGGGCAGCGCCACCACACCCGGAAGUAGUUUUGAAUCUAGAGCUGUUUUUCUCUCGUUUGUGGCUUUAUUAAAUCAGAAAUUAACGUCA